AUGAAGCUUUUUCCUUUUCGUGCUCUUCAACUCGUUCUGCGUCCCGCUGCGCGAGCUCUGCAUGCGUUGGGCUUCGAAUUCAACUUCCCGCCGCCUCCGUUGCUCGUGGAUGUCUGGGCAGCUCUAGCUGCAGCAGCAGCAGCAGCAGCAGCAGCAGCAGCAGCGACCCAAAGCGGGGCUUUCUCUCCGGGCAGCAAGCCUACCCGCAAGCCCGAAGCCCUGAGUUUUCACCAGCAGCCGCGGAGCCCAAAGCCCAGCUGCAGGCGCAAGCAGCAGCAGCAGCAGCAGCAGCAGCAGCAGCAGCAGCAGCAGCAGCAGCAGCUUAGCCUUUUUGGCCCGGAGGUUGGGCUGUCUGUACACUCCAAACGCAUGCAACCAAUGCCGCCCACAGGCCCCCCGACUCCUCAGGGGACUCCGAAGUUUAAAAAGUCCCGCAGCACGAGGGCUUUGCAGGUGGGGGGCCCGGACUUGCCUGCAGCAGCAGCAGCAGCAGCUGCUGCUGCUGCUGCUGCUGCUGCUUCCGAAGACGUGCAGAAAGAGGCGGCAGCGAACGCAGCAGCAGAAGCUGCAGCAGCAGCAGCAGCAGAAACAGCAGCAGGUCCAAUGGAACAGCCCGCACAGAAGCGCCGAAGAAGCAGCACGGCCAGCAGCCGCCGCAGCAGCAGCAGCAUCCCGGCCGAGGACAGAGCUGCAGAGCCUCUAGGCAAGGCCUCGAGAACAGAAAGCCGGGCGGACUCGCUCUGCAGCACGCAGCAGCCAGCAACUCCGGUGGGCCACUCGGGGACUCCGGAGCGCCUUUAUGCUUCUCCGUCUCCCCGCUCCGACUCCGCAGAAGCAGCAGCAGCAGCAGGUGCAGCAGCAGCAGCAGCAGCAGAUGAGCAGCAGCAGCAGCAGCAGCAGCAGCAGGAGCAGCAGCAGCAGCAGCAGGAGCAGCAGCAGGAGCAGCAGCCGAGCUCCUCGUCGACUGGCUGCCCGCCCCCCGCCGCGGACUGCUGCGCCGCGCCCGCAGCAGCAGCGCAGCAGCAGCAGCAGCAGCAGCAGCAGCAGCAGCAGCAGCAGCAGCGGGAGGAGGCGGAGUGCUACUGCGACCUGGAAGGGUACCUGCCGGGGCAGCGGGGGGCCCCCCAGCAGCAGCAGCAGCAGCAGCAGCAGCAGCAGCAGCAACUGCAGCAGCAACUGCAGCGGGAGGGCAGCAGGGCCAAGGCGGGCGGGGCGAAGCUGCGCCACUGGAAGGACUGGGGCGCCGUCGGUGCUGCAGCCCUCGAGGACGCUUUGUUUGCGGACAGCAGCAGCAGCAGCAGCAGCAGCAGCAGCAGCGGGGCGGCAGCAGCAGCAGACGCAGACGCAGCUGACGCUGCAGCAGCAGACGCAGCAGCAGCAGCAGACGCGCAAGACCCCUGGAGAGUCGUCAAGGCAACUGCCUGGGACUUCGGAGCUGCUGGCUGCAUCACUUUCGCUGGCCCUUGCGAGGAGGAGCAGCAGCAGCAAGAACUGCAGCAGCAGCAGGAACUGCAGGAGCCGCAGCAACUGCAGCAGCAGCAGCAGCAGCAGCAGCAGCAGCAGCAGCGGGAACUCCAACACAGGAAACAGGAAGCCGAAAAUACCCCCGUGACGACGCGCCAUAGUCACAGACACACAGCUGCAACAGCAACUGCAGCAGCAACUGCAACAGCAGCAGCAGCAGCAGCAGCAGAAGAGCAGAGAGCUCAGCAGCAACUGCAGCAGCAGCAGCAGCAGCAACAGCAGCAGCAGCAGCAGCAGCAGCAGUUACAGCUACAGAUACAGCAGCAGCAGCAGCUGGAAGAGCUGCAGCAGAGACGAAUAGAGUUCGAAAAAAGGCUACAGCAGCAGCAGCAGCAAGAACAGCAAAUGCUGCUGUGGCAGCUGGAAGCCCAGAAAAUGGAGGCCCGGCUACUGCAGCAAAGGCAAGAAAUGCAGCAGCAGCAGCUGCAGCAGCAGCAGCUGCAGCAGCAGCAGCUGCAGCAGCAGCUGCUGCAGCGCCGUGUUGCUGGAGUCGUGCAAAGACCCGACCCGCAGGAAGAAUUGCGGCUUCAAAGAAGAGAAGCCGAAAGACGCUGGCUGUCAGAAAUCGUGGGGGAUCAGCUGCUGCAGCAGCAGCAGCAGCAGCAGCAGCAGCAAAAGCAGCAGCAGCAGCAGCAAAAGCAGCAGCAGCAGCAGGUGUUUGAGGACCCGGGCGCGUACGACGACGCGCCCCCGCAUUUCCAGCAGGAAAGCCAGAGGAAAGAAGAUGCUGCUGCUGCUGCUGCUGCUGCUGCUGCUGCUGCUGCUGAACUGCAGCAGCGGCAGCAAGAAAUCGCGCUGCUGCUGCAGCACUUAAACCCCCAGGCGCGGCAGCGGCUGUUUGAGCUUGUGCGCGACAGGCUGGUGCAGCAGUAG